AUUCCCCCGCGGUUCUCGCUGCUGUGAGUUUUUUCGCCCCCCUACUGGCCAUUUAAAUCCUCCCCAUCCCGCUUCCGAUCCUGAGCUCGUACCACGGGGUGGUGGGAAAACGCGGCAACCACCGCCAAAGCGGAGUCAAAGGAGGGAAACUUUAAUCAAACUGACACGAUAUGCUCUCUCAUCAGGAACGUUCUUCUCACAACACCACCACCACCUCUCCUACCACCGCCGAACCAUCUGCUGUAGCCACCACAGCCACUUCUCCCACCUCUCGCCAGCGGCAGGAUCAGGUCCAACAGCCUCGUUCCGACGACAAACAAUCACGACGACAACCCGCCGCCGCUGAACCCUCUGUCGCCGCCGCCGCCGCCUCAUCCUCCGCGACACCUUCAUCAAAGUCUCCAGCCCCCCGAUCCGCGACAGCAAUGCCUCAAUACACCUCCCGUGAUGUCGGCGACCCGUCGCAGAUUAAGAAGAACAAGCAGUCGAUGGCCGAUCUCAAGCUGAGACGAUUGACGGAACUCAACAACCGCCUGCGCGAGGAUCUUGAAAGGGAACGGAUUCCGGUCAGCAAUGCUUCUAAGAGCAUCAUUGCCUACUGCAACAGCACGAGGGACUACAUGGUUCCAUCGGUUUGGGGCGCUGUCCCCCGCGGCGAAGACCCCUACGCACCACAACAAAGCGGCGGAUGCUGCUUGGUGAUGUAG